GAGGGAGCGAGUGAGAGAGCGAGAGAAAAAAAGGAGAGCGCGAGUGCUAGUGUGUGUCCUUUGUGAAUCCUGAGACAAAGCACCUCAACCAUAACAACAAUAGCAACACUAACAGCAAUAACAACAACUGUAAGAGUAAGAAGCUGUUUUUAACAAUUCUUCGGCAUUGUUGCCAUCGCAAAGCUUGUACUUAAAUUUGAAUUUUCUGGUCUACCUGUUAACGGCCGUGUGUGUGCCGGUGUGUGUGUGUGGGCUUGUGCCUCAGCCAAAGCAACAAAACAGAAACAACAGCAACAUUGUACGCCUCAAAAUCACAGCAACAACAACAACAGCAACAACCACUGCUAAGAUGCUAACGGACAUGACACCGACCGCCGGUCAAUUGUAUGGCUCACAGAUACCGGCAAUGGGCAUGAAUAUCACAAAUAUCGCAACACAUUUGCAGAAGCCACAAGUUAAUCCGGAUCAUCCCAGCCUGCGCGGAACUCCGCUAGCCAUGCUCGCGGCUCAAUGCAAUAAGCUGUCGAACAAAUCGCCGCCUCCGCUGGCCGAUGCAGCCGUUGGUAAAGGCUUUCAUCCGUGGAAGAAGAGUCCCACCUCGCCCACGGCGGCGGGCAGCAACAGCUCUGGUGGAGGUGGCGGUGGCGGUGGCAGCAGUGCUGGUCAGCACUCGCCCUGUGCCAUCUCAGCCGCCAGCUCUAGCUCCUCCGGCAGCGGCAGCGCUUUGAGUGGCUCCGUUUCUGGCUCAGGAAGUGGCUCGGGCUCGGUCAGCUCUCGUAGCAGCCUCCCCUCCAGCAUCGGCGGCAGCAGCAGCAGCAUCAACACGAUGGUGAACAUCACCGCUAGCAUCUAUCCUUACAGUCGUCCAAUCGCCUCAUCCUGCGCCGCCGUCAGCAGUCCAGCCAGCGCCUAUGGCAGUGAUUUAUAUUUCCCAAAUACGAGCACCGCCACCGGCGGCAUGGUAACGGAUCAGCAUCACAUGCAUCAGGGUCUGUUGGGCAAGGUGGAGGGCGCCACCUUUGGCUCCGUCUAUUCGCGUCAUCCGUACGAUUGGCCCUUCAAUGCUGCGGUCACCGCAUCGGCUCACAAGGCGGCCGAGGCGGCCAGUGUGAACUCGGGCUGGUGGGAUAUGCAUAGUGCAGCCGCCGCCGGCAGCUGGCUCGACAUGGGCAGCGCUGCGGCCGCUGGCAUGCACUCGACCAUGGCGAACUAUGCGAGCGCUGCGGCUGCGGGCACCGAUUACAGCUCGGCUCUCUCUCAUUCUCUAUCCAAUACAGCCCAUCUGCUGGGAUCGGGACAGCAUCUGCUGCAGGAUACGUACAAGAGUAUGCUGCCAGGACAGGGUGUCGGGGGAUUUUCGUUGCCGCACAGCUCACCAUCGGCUGCGGCCACGGCCGCCUCGCCACAGGCCUCGACCCCAUCGACUCCGUCGCCCAGGUCGCAGCGACGCUAUGCGGGUCGCGCCACCUGCGACUGCCCGAAUUGCCAGGAGGCGGAGCGUUUGGGGCCCGCCGGAGUGCAUCUGCGCAAGAAGAACAUCCAUUCGUGCCACAUACCCGGCUGUGGCAAGGUGUACGGCAAAACGUCGCACCUAAAGGCGCAUCUGCGCUGGCACACCGGCGAGCGGCCAUUCGUAUGCAAUUGGCUGUUUUGUGGCAAGCGCUUCACGCGCUCCGACGAGUUGCAGCGCCAUUUGCGCACGCACACGGGCGAGAAGCGCUUCGCAUGCCCCGUUUGCAACAAGCGUUUCAUGCGCAGCGACCAUCUGGCGAAGCAUGUGAAGACGCACAACGGCACCGCUCCGAAUGGCAUUAAGAAGGGCUCCUCGGAGUCGUGCAGCGACUCUGAGGAGGCGGCCAAUCAGUCGGGUGAGUCGAAUGGGCUUGGCGGCGCGACCAGUGGCAAUCCAAACGUGGGCGGUGGUGGUGGCGCCGGUGGCGGCGGGGGUGGCAGCAGCGGUAGCAGCCAUCCCGGCACCCCGACCUCCCACCAUGGCUCGGCCAGCACGCCCAGCAGCCUGCUGGGUGGCGGCCUGCACCUGGCCACGUCGCACCAGAUGGUCGCCGCGGGCGGCUCGCCGGUGAUGCUCCACCAGCAGCAGCAACAGCAGCAGCAAAUGUUGCCCCAACAUCAGCAGCAACAUCAGCAGCAACAGCAGCAGCAGCAACAACAACAGCAACAACAACAACAGCAGCAGCAGCAGCAACAACAACAGCAGCAAUCGCAUCCGCACGCGCAUCUGCAUCAUCACCACCAUCACCAUUUGGUGGGCGCAUCGGCACCCAGCCCAGGGCUGGAUCACCACAGUGCUCUGGUAGAUAUAAAGCCCCCGAUGGUUUGAGGGUCGCUGGGACC